AUGCCCGCACCUUCCCACCACCUGCGCAGCCUCCCUUUCGGCGUCUUAGUCCAGCGUCACCUCUCACACGCCUCACGACCCUGGCAAACGUCACCGAUCGCGAAGCUAGCGGGAGCACGAUGUUACGCCAAAAGCGCACAAGAAACCCGCAUGGGCACCACAACACCUGUACCCGAAGAUGCCGACCCGCCGAAAGCAAAGUCACCUUUCUACUUUGAAGCUGGAUACGCGCUGUUCGCAAAAAGAGCUUCACGACCAUUCCCUCCGCCGUUCCUCUCGUUGCCCUCCACAAGCUUCUCAGAGCCGCUGAGUACAUACAACAAGAGUCGAGACCGCAGACCAACCGUCAACGGCGAGAUGAUACGCGGCGUCACCAACGGGGAUGACGCAGUGCUGGUCAGCGACUAUUUCGUCGGAGCAAAUGACGGAGUAGGAGCGUGGGGAACAAGAGAAAAGGGACAUGCUGCUCUAUGGUCUCGCCUGAUCCUGCACUUCUGGGCCCUCGAAGCCGAACGCGCACCCUUCUCUCCGUCCUCGGAACCAGACCCAGUCUCAUACCUCCAAACCGCCUACGAGCACACCAAGCAAGCAACCCUAGAGCCCAACGAAUGGCACGGCACAACCACAGCCUGCGCCGCGCUCCUCAGUGCCUCGACCCAAACACCACCCCAUCCACUCCUCUACGUUACGCAGCUCGGCGAUUCGCAGAUCCUAGUCAUCCGCCCGCGCAGCAAGGAAGUCAUCUUCAAAACCCAAGAGCAAUGGCACUGGUUCGACUGUCCGCGCCAACUCGGGACAAACAGUCCAGACACACCCACCGGCAACGCAGUCUUGGAUCGCAUACAGAUCGAGGAAGAGGAUGUUGUUCUCGCCAUGACAGACGGUGUGGUGGAUAACUUAUGGGAACACGAAGUUGUGCAGAAUGUGGUUGACAGCAUGGAGAAGUGGCAGGGCGAUGCGGACAACGCAGGGCAUACAUAUGCCGAGGCCAUGCAGUUUGUUGCGCAACAACUCGUUAAUGCUGCGAGGGUCAUUGCCGAGGAUCCGUUUGCUGAGAGCCCGUAUAUGGAGAAGGCGAUUGACGAGGGGCUGUCUAUCGAAGGAGGCAAACUCGACGACAUCAGCGUUGUAGCCGCUCAGUGCAGACGACGUAAAGGAUGA